AUGGCAGAAACACACGAAGGAGUUUGUGAAAAUCACAUUGGUGGCCGAGCAUUAGCCGCAAAGAUAUUGCGAACAGGAUACUAUUGGCCGACGAUAAAAAGGGACUGUAUUUCAAAAGUAAAAGCGUGCGAUAAUUGUCAAAAGCACGCCACACUCUCCGAAACCCCGGCCGAAGAGCUCCACACCAUAGAGGUAAGCUGGCCUUUCGAUAGGUGGGGAUUGGAUAUCCUCGGACUUUUUCCGAAAGCGCCGGGCCAGAUUCGCUCAGUAGAGCACCCGCAAACUAACGGACAAGUUGAAUCAGCUAACAGAAUUAUCUUGCAGGGAUUAAAGAAAAAGCUCAGCGAAGCUAAGGGAGAAUGGGCCGACCUCAUUCCAGAAAUCCUAUGGAGUUAUAAUACCAGCAUUCAGUCUGCCAUAGGAGAAACUCCUUUCAAACUGGUAUAUGGCGCGAAAGCACUCAUUCCAAUAGAGAUCAGCGUCCCAACAUUAAGGACCGAUCUCUAUGACCAAUCCAACAAUUUGUAA